UUAAUUUAGUUUCACACGACUAUAAUGUCAACUACACCAUCCCGUUGGUUUGGUAUUGCAAUCCGAAGACAUGGAUAGAAAGAAUCGGAAAACCAAAAACAGGAAAGCUCCAACAAAACCGAGAUGUGGUAAAAAGAGGACAUCUGAAGGUUAGAAAUUGGUAAUAUCUACUCAAAACAUGUCUGAUGGCCGAAUUAGACUUUCCAAGUAUACAUAUCUAUAUACCAAGCCUUCAAGUAAGCAAGGUGAAAAUAAUACCACGUAUACACAUACAGUAUGUUCAAGAUUCCUCGACGAUUUAACAAGAAAAUUAGUCCAAAAGAGGAAAGAUGAGCAGGAAACACCUAUAAAUAUCGUGGGUAGUAUUCUCAACAGUUUAACCAACGCGUUGCCAGUCGAGGUCAUCAACGGUUCACCAGUCCGAUACCAGUCUCCAGUUAAAAUUGAGACUUUGCAAUCAAUCGCUCCAGAACUCCAACUGAAAGAUGUCGUAGAACUAGUAUCCAAAGAAACAGAAAACAUCGAAGCACCCAGAGAAUUGAAAGAAUUCAAGAAAAAGUUCAAGAUGCCUAAAAUGCCGGUGGUAACCAGUGAUGUGUUUAAGCAUAAAAUAAAGGUGCCAACGGAAGACGUGGCUGUUAAUACAAGUAGUAACCAUGAUAUGGCCUCCAGUUUAGCAAAAUACGUUGAAACUUUAAAGAAGAUAUCACUUAUUGCUGAGGAGUUUAAUCAAAAGACAGCUAAAAACCUCAAAGAAAUAGUAGACAGCGUACAAGAAGACCUGCAAGUGAAGCUGGAAGAGCUAGUGAAGGAGCAAAAACUUGCUAGAAAAGUAGACCAACCCAUGCAGGUCGUACAAGGAGAUAUUGUUCAAACAGGAACCUCUUAAAAAGAAUCAUUGACGUGUAACAUUUACUGUCAAAAUUUGAUGUCAACAUGUAAAACAUUAAAAAAUACGAUGAAAAAAAA